UACUUGCUAAUCAGCUGUUCUACGGAGCGGUUGUUUUUUCCGUUGUUUUGGUGGUGCAAUCUGUUUGUAAUUUUUUUUGCUGUGCUAUUUUGCCUCCCAUGAAUGCCGGCUUUUGCUGAUACCAAAGUGAUAAGCUUAAGGAUUGUUUUGCUACUUUGUCUGGGCGAGCAAUAAUCUUAAUCACCGUAUAGUGCGUCUUCGUUCAUCAUCUCAGUUCGAGAAACAAUGAUAUUGUACCUACUGGUUGCGCUGUUGGUGGGAACAUCCUCCUCCAACUAUGUUUAUCAGACAAAGUUUCUGGACGUUCCUUUGGACCACUUUAGCUACGUUAAUGAAACCGUCACUUUCAAGCUAAGAUACCUCGUAAACGACACCUACAACACGGAUGGCUCCGGUCCCAUUCUGUUCUACACCGGCAACGAGGGUGACAUCGAACUGUUCGCGCAGAACACCGGCUUCAUGUGGGAACUGGCCCCAACGCUGAAAGCCUCGCUGGUCUUUGCCGAGCAUCGCUUCUACGGAAAAACCCUUCCCUUCGGUAAUGCAUCGUACGAUUCCCCCCAGCAUCUCGGUUAUCUCACUUCGGAACAAGCGCUGGCAGAUUUCGCCUUUCUGCUGGCGGAAAUCAAUCCGAUCAAUCGAACGACACGUGGCCGUCCAGUGGUUGCCUUCGGCGGUUCGUACGGUGGAAUGUUGGCCGCCUGGUUCCGGAUGAAGUAUCCUCACUUGGUGGUGGGAGCAAUCGCCGCAUCCGCUCCUAUCCGUCAGUUCGACGCAAAUUGCGGAGUGUUUAAUCAAAUUUUGACAUCGGUUUUCACGGUGGCCUACACCCGAGAGUGCUCGCAGAACAUUGCCCGCUCCUGGGAAGCGCUUAAAAAUUUCUCUUCUACAGUCGAUGGACUCAAGAUCCUACAGGAUAAAUUCAAGUUCUGCACUAACGUUACCAAAGCGGAGGAUAUUACGGGAACGUUUUUCGACUAUCUACAGGAUGUGUAUGGAAAUCUGGCAAUGAUUAACUACCCGUACAACUCGACGUUCCUAGCACCGGUACCAGCGUAUCCGGUGCGAGAGUUUUGCGGACGACUUGCGGAAAAUUUCACCGGUGUGGAGUUGAUUUCCCGUCUGCAGGAAGCACUUAGCAUCUACUCGAACUACACCGGCCAGACUAAGUGCCUUGAUAUCAGUUCCUCGUACGAUAGCAAUUUUGGUGACAACGGCUGGGAGUUUCAAUCGUGUACGGAAAUGAUGAUGCCCAUGUGCUCGGAAGGCGGCGAAAAGGACAUGUUCCCCAAAAAGCCUUGGGACGAGAAGAAAAACUCCGACGAGUGUUUCAAGAAGUUUGGCGUACGACCGAAGCCGAACGUGGCCUUCACGAUGUAUGGCGGCCAGUUUUUAGAUGGUGUUUCAAACAUCAUCUUCAGCAACGGUCUGCUGGAUCCGUGGUCUGGUGGUGGCGUACUGAGGUCAGGCAAUAACAACAUAAAGAUUGUGUUGAUUCCCGAGGGGGCUCAUCAUAUUGAUUUGCGUGCUGCAAACGAUAACGAUCCGGGCUCCGUGCGGGCGGCUCGGGAUAUCCAUCUGUACAACAUUCAACAAUGGUUGAAGCAGUUCCGCAAGGCAAAGAAAUAUCGCUGAUCGAACCAAAACCCCAGAGAUUUUUACAUGGACAUUAUUUCACUAGAUAGUUUAUAUUAAAAAAAGAAGUAAUCAUUGAAAUAUAACAUAUACUUAAAUAAUU